UCCUUAUUGGCACGUCGUUUGCGGGAGGUGGGCCCUCAUUGGCCUGGUCGCUGUGGAGGCGGUGAGCGGCGGGGUUAAGCGGGUCGCCGCGCCCGGCCUAGGCUCAAGCCUGGAUCUCUGCAUCGGCGCCAGGGAUCUGGACCCUCCACCCUACGCGAUGGGUCCCCACCUCUGCCUGUACCGCGCAGCCCUGCUACCGGGUAGCCUCCUGUUCCUCCUGCUGCUCUCAGACCCGGCGCUUCCAACCGGACGUCCUCCUCCGGUGGUCCUGGUGCCUGGUGAUUUGGGCAACCAGCUGGAGGCCAAGCUGGACAAGCCGAAGGUCGUGCACUACCUCUGCUCCAAGAAAACGGACAGCUACUUCACACUCUGGCUCAACCUCGAGCUGCUGCUGCCUGUCAUCAUUGACUGCUGGAUCGACAACAUCAGGCUGGUCUACAACAGGACGUCCCGGGUCACCCAGUUCCCCGACGGUGUGGACGUGCAUGUCCCCGGCUUCGGGAAGACCUUCUCCCUGGAGUUUCUGGACCCCAGCAAAAGCAGCGUGGGUUCCUAUUUCCACACCAUGGUAGAGAGCCUAGUGGGCUGGGGCUACACACGGGGUGAGGAUGUCCGGGGAGCCCCCUAUGACUGGCGGCGAGCCCCAAAUGAAAACGGGCCCUACUUCCUGGCCCUCCAGGAGAUGAUCGAGGAGAUGCACCAGCUGUAUGGGGGCCCCGUGGUGCUGGUUGCCCACAGCAUGGGCAACAUGUACACACUCUACUUUCUGCAGCGGCAGCCCCAGGCCUGGAAGGACAAGUACAUCCGUGCCUUCGUGGCACUGGGUGCGCCCUGGGGGGGCGUGGCCAAGACCCUGCGCGUCCUGGCCUCAGGGGACAACAACCGGAUCCCGGUCAUUAGUCCCCUGAAGAUCCGGGAGCAGCAGCGGUCUGCUGUCUCUACCAGCUGGCUGCUGCCCUACAACUACACCUGGUCACCUGAGAAGGUCUUUGUACACACGCCCACGGCCAACUACACGCUGCGUGACUAUCAGCGGUUCUUCCAGGACAUUGGCUUCGAAGAUGGGUGGCUCAUGCGGCAGGACACAGAGGGGCUGGUUGAAGCCACGGUGCCACCCGGUGUGCAGCUGCACUGCCUCUAUGGCACGGGCGUCCCCACGCCAGACUCCUUCUACUACGAGAGCUUCCCGGACCGAGACCCUAAAAUCUACUUUGGUGACGGCGAUGGCACUGUGAACUUGGAGAGUGCCCUGCAGUGCCAGACCUGGUGCAACCGCCAGGAACACCCCGUGGCACUGCAGGCGCUGCCAGGGAGCGAGCACAUUGAGAUGCUGGCCAACGCCUCUACCCUCACCUACCUGAAACGCGUGCUCCUUGGGCCCUGACUCCUGUGCCAGGCAGGGCUGUGGGACGGCUUGGCCACAGCUGCUUCUCUUGGCCUCCGGGGCUGCCGUGGCCCACGGGUUUAGUGGUUUGUGACUGACCUUCCUAGGCCAUAGCUCUUGGUUGUGAAACGUCUGCCAUCGGGAAGUGCUGUUUCUUACACUUUCUCUGGGAGUGAGGGAGGAAGAGAUAGCCUGGACUCACUGAAGGGACUCGUAAGGGAAAGAAUGCUGCUGCUGAUGGAAUCAGUGCGACCUCAGGACUGGCCACCCAGGUGGAUUGGCUGGCAUCUGGAUCCAGUCCCCAACUCAGGGGCCAUGUGUUUCUCCUGUUUCACAUUUGCCCACCAGCCCCCGGCCCCUCAGACAUCCUGUGAGGGAUGUGACUGAGCUGUGGUCCCUGCCCCCAAAGAUCCCAGGGAUGGGCUCCCGCUCCCUAGGGCGAUCCUUCCCACACAGUGGCUACAGGUGGCUGGAGCUGCUGGCUUCCCUGUGGCCCGGCUGCUCAACAGCCUGACUGUAGCUUUCUGGGGGCAGCCGGGUUUCCCCUGCGGGCAGGGGUUGUUGUGUAGUCUGUGGUUCCCAGGCCCUGGGGCAUUCACUCCUACCUCCCUCACUUCCAAGAAGAGCCGAGCUCUGAAUUGGGCAGCAGAUGGCGCUCCAGUUCUACAGGCUGCGGCCCAGGAGCUCUGAUCCCCUUGGCUGGGUUAUUGCCCACAGUGUUGAUGCUGGCUCCUUUCGCCCUGGGACUGUGCUUCAAGGUCGGGAGCAGGACCCAGUGCCACGGCCUUUUAGAUGCUGGUGAAGAGAGAAAACUCAAGAGUGGGCCAAGGCACUCAGAGCUUCACUGAACUGCCCUCUUGCUAACCUCCCACCGCAUUGCCACCCUACCGGAGGGUUUCUCUAGCACCCAAGUGGGCUGGCACAGGGCUGAGAGGAAGGGUUCCUGCCCAUCCUGCCCGGCACCUACCUCCACCAGGCAGCUCGGUGGCGUUUAGUCUUCGGGGACUAACUCGGAAACUCGAGUGGGCCCCUGUGAGAGCCAGGUGCCUUGGAGCCCCUCUGUGGGUGAUCUGUCUGCCUCAGAGAUGCUGCAUGGGUCUUCCUGUGACAGCAGGGCUGGGGAGUCUGUAUCCGCCUUGGCGGCAGUGCUCUCCACGUGGGCCACAGCCAGAGGCCAAGACUUGGUCCUAGCCUCCAGGGUGGGGACCCAAAGCCACAGUCAGGCUGGAGUGGCUGCUUUCUCACAAGGUUUCUGCAGCGCUGGAUUUUCACUCUUGUGAACAUGCCCAGCCUCUGUCUCUCCCUUCGUUCCUGAGUGGUGGGCCCCAUAUCGGGCUCUGAGCAGGCUGCACCUUGAUUAUGGCAAUAAAAGUAUUCUGGACGCUGUAAAGUGCCCUGGCCUAGGCUGCCCUCUGAGCAUGAGAGGAGGGAGCUAGCAGAGAGGUCAGGGGGCUAGAGCGGCAGGUAAUCGGAGGCUAGACCUUUCCUGGGGCCUUGAUGGGUUCUCUCAGCACCGAAGCGUGGCUCCUAUGCACCACUUUGGUGGUGCCCUCUCUCCCAGAAUCCAGCUCCCCUCCUAGGACUAAGAACCAGCAACUGAAACAUUCCUGUUGGAACACAGCUCCUGCUCCUGCCUGGUCGGCAUGCCACCCCAGAUCUGGGUGCCACAAACAGUCCUACAGGUCACCCUGGCUGGACUCCCCUUCUCAGCUUCUUCUCUCUUAGUUUGCAUGUCUUGGCAUCCUUUGAACCUAGAGUUCUUCUCAGGACACCACCCUUCUACUUUGUUUCAGCUCAUCUGUCCACCAUCUGUCCUGCUUUGGGGACGGAGUGAGACUGAGGGAGGAAGAGAUUAGGCUGAGACUGGUAUGGACAGAGGCCAAGAUGGGCAGAGAUGGACCGACAGACUGGGGCCACGUGGAAAUGGAUAAAGACAGAGAAACAGAGAGUCUGAUACUGAGAAACAUGCAUAGGGAUGGGGUCCAGGCGUGGAUUCUGUGAUGUGGAGCCCAGAGCCAGCCAGGGGCCAGUUGGUGGGGAGGUGGGAGCUUCAGUUCCCGCCUCUGCAGAGGAAGGCCAGCCUGGGCUUCAGGCGUUGAUAUAUACUGGGAGCCACUAGAGGGCGCGCUGAACCCUCUCACGGCCCAGCGUUGGUCCAGAGGGUGAGGAUGCCUGAGGAUGCAGAGGUCCAGCUGCUCCUUUGACCUUGGUAGAAGGAUGACAACAUGAAAGUGAGCAAACUAUCGCUCUCAGGCUUUGCCCCACCUGACUCCCAGCUUUGCCCUGACACCCACCCAUCUAUGCCACACCCUUGUGGUGGCCUUGGAGCCACCCAUUCCUCCGUGACGUUUCAGCCAAACUGCCACCCUUUGUUUCACAGCUGCAGAGAGGGCAUGGGGUCAGAGCAGGCUUCAGCAGUCACAGAAGACUGGGGUUCAAUUUGGAACAUUGCCAGCUCCCGCAAAAUAGCCUGCGGGGUCUUCUUGUUAUCAGACAGGGAUUGGGCUGCAGCAGGGCUGCCUCGGGCCAGCCUGCAGUGUAUGAGUUCUCGACUUUGUGUGGGGCAGAUUUCACAACACAAGUCCAGGUGAUUUUAAUAAGGGGUGUCCCACUUAUUAAAGCUGGGGAUAGUGAAACAAGGAAGGCCUCAGGAUAGAAGAAGCAACAGGAGAGAGCCUAGGGGAGCUGCUCUGGCUCCCUAGAAAAGUUAUGGGAAGAAAAUGAGCCGAGGCAGGGCUGCUCUCAGUUCAUUGGACAGUCAGAGACAGGGGGGCCUUGGGAAGCCUCGGGUGAGCUGCUGCUUCCCAUUGCUCCCCUGGUUACAAGUCUCGUGGGUUCCCUUAGAGUUUAGGAGAUGCAUGCCUGUGAGGGAAGAAGAGGGAGAAGGGAGAGGUGCAGGUGUGUUCCUGGGAGAGAGAGCCACAUUGGGUCCUCUGGCUUGAGGAUUUUAAAGGCUGGGAGUCAAGGGCGACCUGUUUGCAGGCUGGGUGGCGGCACUGCGCUCGGCUAAGCUUAAAGAGACUUGUGCUCUCCCUGCCGCCCCUCACCAAGGAUGGAGAUCCCACCCAUCCACUGCCCAGGCUCCAGUGUGGCCUUGGUGGUGCAGAACUGCGUCAACUACCAUCAGGGGACGCCACCCCCUGCCCCGUGCCCACCAGGUGUUUUUGGUGCAGACAAACAAGCCAGCAUGGAGGAUAUUCCAGGAAGAAGACAUCAGUAUUGCCUUAAGUUUUCUGUGGAAGAAAUGAUCCAAACACAAGUGACAGCGAACUGCACAGCUGAAGUACUUUAUCCUCCAGAUACUGCACCAGAAGCCACCUUUACGUUUGAAGGAGAAACUGGGAAGAGCCCAGAUGAAGAAGAUAACACAUUUCACUAAAAACUGAAGUCCAUAAAGGAACCACUAGAACCACAAAAUAUUCCAGACAGUUUUGGAAAUGGUAUCUCCAGCAAUGAAGCCAGUUCAACGUUUAGCUUGGGUUGGCUGUGAUUGUAUAAUCUGGCAGAGUUCUGCUGAAAACACAAGUUUUAAAAUGGUAAAAGUUCAAACUGUCAGGCAAGUGCAAAGAAGUGGUGACUUCGUUGAGUUAGACCACACCAUUCUCCUUCGUGACACUGCAUCUCAGGAGAUUAUUCCUCGGCAAAUGCAGGCUGUCUGCCAUUCACAGUAUGGUACUAAAAUAAAACAUAAUAGCCGUCUGCCAAAAAAAGCACAACUGGGAGAAAGAAGGACCCUAAUACCGGGUGAAGUGUCAGUAUGCUUGUUAAUGGUGUGUAUGUCAGUCUCCAUGCUAUCUAGCCCAAGGGGCCAAACAAAUCCCUAAGUGUCACUUUGUAUAAAUGUCUUGAUUUCAUCACAGAACUGUAUAGCUUCCAUAAUAAAGAGUGUCGUGAUGUAAAAGUGUC